AUGGCUCCGAAGAUCUUCACUAACGCACGUGUCUUUGCGAAUUCCAGCGCGCAACAACGCGAAAUCGACUUCUGCAACUGCAUGGUAAUCCAAGAUGGAAAUGUAAUCCACGUAGGCUCUGAACAUGACACUACGGUCCGCGAUCUCCUCGACUCUGGCGCCGAAGUCACAGACCUCAAACAACAACUCUUCGUCCCAGGCCUAAUCGACGCACAUACCCAUCUCCUGUUCUUUGGCUUGUCCCGCCAGAAGUUGGAUCUCACGAACUGUGCAUCUCUAGACGAAGUGCGCGCCGCUAUCUCAGACUACGGAAAACGCAAUCCCGACGCACCACGCAUUCUUUGUCGAGGCUGGCAACAGCCCAGCACAGGACGACUAGCAUUAGCUACGAUGCUGGAUGAUCUCGACCCGCGACCAAUCUACGUAGAGGCACUCGAUCUGCACUCAUCUUGGGUCAAUACCGCCGCACUACGAGAACUGCCACUGGAAAACGCAAAAGAGCUAGGACCUCAUCAAGUCGUCUGCGGUGAGGACGGGCGACCGAGUGGACUGUUUGCAGAGGCAGGCCAGGUUGACAUCAUCUGGUCUUUUCUGAAUGCCCAAUACACCACAGAAGAGAAACAGGAUGCGUUGGACAAGACGUUCAAGGCGUACAUCGCGGCUGGAUACACAGGAGCUAUCGACAUGGCUAUGGACGACAACGCUUGGGAUGCGUUGAAACUUUACCGCGAGAGGAAGGGCGCUCUGCCCAUACACAUUGCAGCGCAUUGGCUGAUAACACCGCCAGGCAGUGGAGGCAGUCUGGAAGAGAAGGUGGAUGUAGCAAUCGCGCGGAUGCGGGAGUGGCCCCCGUCUACAUGUCCAGAAUUUUGCAUCAUCGGGAUUAAGCUCAUCUGCGACGGUGUCGUCGAUGGAUGCACCGCAGCACUGAGACACCCCUAUACCGGACAUGUAGAUAUUGUCCAACCACUAUGGCCCGCAGACGCCAUGAACGAGGUCGUCCACCGCGCCACACAAGCUGGCCUCCAAGUCGCCAUCCACGCAAUCGGUGACGCAGCCGUCACCCAGGCCAUCAACGCCAUCGCCAGCGCCAAUACCCCGGGUGGUAGACACCGCAUCGAACACCUCGAACUCACAACCCCAGAAGACGCCCAGCGGCUGGGCCAGCUCGGUAUCACGGCGUCUGUCCAGCCCGUCCACUCCGACCCCGCCAUCCUCCACGACUACCAAAAGCUUGUCGGCGCACAAACUUUUGCCCGCGCAUUCGCAUAUAAAGACUUCCUCGACGGCGGCGCCUGCGUUGCGCUAGGCACCGAUGCGCCCACCGCAGUCCAUCUCCCAUUGCCGAAUUUGUACAAUGCGACAACGAGGCGAUCGGCGACGCAGCCGGAGAUGGAGGCAAGGACGACGCCGCAUCAGGCGUUGACACUGACGCAAGCGUUCCAUGCGGCGACGACGGGGGCGGCGCGUUCGAGGUUUGCAGAGGGGUGGACGGGGAGGUUGGAAAAGGGGCUUUGGGCGGAUUUUGUGGUGCUGGAGUGUGAGUGGGAAGCGGGGAGGUUGUUGGAGGCGAGGUUGGAGCAGACGUGGGCGAGGGGGAAGAGGCUAUUUCCAACGGAGGUAGAACAGGCUUGA